CGCCGUGCCGGAGGCUCCAGUCCGAUCGCAGCAUCACUUGCGGUGCUUUCGCGCGCGCGAAUCUCUCUGUCUCUCUUUAUCCGUCAGUCCAACUAUACAACGGAAACACACGGCUAUUUCUUUUCCCCCCUUUUACUUCCCCGUUAUAUCAUCUACCCGCGGAGACACGUGAAACGUUUUUCCUUUUGUUUUUUGUUCGUCUAAAUCAUCCCUUUUUUUUUAUCUCCCCGCCCUCCGAGGUUUUUUAUUUUUUUUUCUUCUGUCCACACUUUUUUUUUAUUUUCCUCACACUACUCACAACACCACUACUAUUUUCUUUCUUUUUUUCUUUCUUUCUUUCUUUCUCUCUUUUCUCUUCUUCCGCUUUUCGCAAAGAGUCUGAGCUCGAGCUUGAACGAAAGAGGGAGAGGGAGAGAGAGAGAGAGAGCGAACAACAAAUAAGAGGAUAAAACGCGCGUGUUACGAUAAGAGAGAGAAAGAAGAAGAACGGUCAAAAAAAAAAGGAAAAGAAAAAAAAGAGUUAACGUAUGAAACAACAACAACAAUAUCAACAACACAACAACAACGUUCGUAGUAGUAUCGGAAGAUAUAAUAAGCGUGUUAAGUGCAACAGAUAAGAUAAAAAGAAGAGAAAUAUAGUUUGUUAUUCUUGAACUUGUUAUCUCUUGGUCACUUGUUUGGUUUUUUUCUUUUUCUUUUCUUUUAUAUAUAUAUAUACAUAUAAUAAUGUAAUUUCGAUUACGACAUGUAAUCGGAAGAUGAUGGGAAGCAAAGUGUUAUUGGAGUAUCAAUAUCAUCAUAGACGUGAACGACGUGGGAUCGUACGAUCGGAUGUUUCUUCUUCGCGCCGAAAUUCGCGAGGUGUUACGACGAGAACGACGUGGGUUGUUAGCCGAUAAAAUAAUCCCUUAUUUUCAUCCCCCUACAUUUUCUUUCUUUCUUUAUACAUAAAUAUCGUAUUCCACGCCUUCCAUUCUGACACUUUGUCAUAACAUUUCCAUCAAUGAAAUUCUGGGGUCUCGGUCUCAUUUAGAUCCCACCGUCGGAUUGUAUCAACCAACGGAAAAAAAUCCCGUUAUAAACUUGUUCGAUUUACUACAAACCUACCCCUUACCAAUACAACCCUCCCCUUCCACCCCUUUCCUCUUCUAUAAAAAGCAGUUUUAUUGUUUGGUGUUAUCGAGUGCGUUGCUACGUGAAAUUAACAGGAAUUUGUUUCCGCCCCAACCUCCCACAACUCACCCCUCUUCACUGUUUCAUGGAAAGAGGAAAUAAGUGAACUUAUUUGUGUGUAUUUCGAUCAUUUUUGUUUAUUAUCCACAUUUUAACAAGAUUCGAGCGCAUUUAAUAAAGGAAAAUAGUUCGUGUUACAACUGUGUCGGGACUAAUUUUAUCGAUUUUAUCUAUUGAAAUAAUCAAAACAGUGUCGGUCGCGUAUAUCGAUCUGAUCUGAUCGAUCGAUCAUCGAUCGUGAAACAUUUUGCGUGAAGAGUGUAUUAUUACGAUACAAUAAUGAUAAGAAAAUAAAUGAUUAGUCGACGUUAAUGGGAUAAAAAUUACGUAUGGUUGGUUGCGUGUGAAGAAGACGAGAGUUGCAUCUAACAACAACGUUGUGUUAGUAAGAAAAAAAAAAAACGAUUUCAAGGAGGAUUCACCAGAAGCUCUUCUGUUGCUCGUGUUCUUGCAAGCUCAACCGGGGGGGAUUUAGUGAAUUAAAGGGCUACAGUGCUUUGAUAAAAGUGAAUGGAUAUUUCUUGCAUAUCAAGUGACACACGUUGUAUUUUUAACAACAACAACAACAACAACAUCAUAGUUGCAUCGUUCUCGCGCCACUUUCAUCAUUCACGUUGAAUCUUCUUUUGUGUUUUCCGGCUGAAAUCGAGAAAUUCGAAGAUAAAAAGGAAAGAAGAAAACAAGGAGAAACAGCACUGCUCUCUCUCUCUGUCUUUCUCUCACUACCGAGAUUUCCAUGGAUUAUUAGAUGACACAUGAUGACGAUCAUCACUAUGAAGUAUUAUCGCAUCGUACUUACACUUCUCGGGGCUACUCAUCUCCUGCAAGCUCUACCAUCAGCAUCUCCACUCAUCAAAAGUAUUGGUGAGUCUGGCGGUAGCGUGAGCAGUCUGAACGUCGAUCACGGAAAACCAACGAACUCGUGGGUAAGGCCGCAGUUCGAUGACAUUGCACCAAAAAAUAUCACUGCCAUUGUUGGUCAAACGGCGGAACUGAAUUGUUACGUCAAACAUCCAGGCGAUCGUGUGGUCUCAUGGAUACGUAAAAAGGAUUUACAUAUACUAACGUCUUCGGUUCAUACGUAUACCGGAGACGCGAGAUUUUCCGUUAAACAUCCAGAAUCUUCGGACGAGUGGACGUUGAAGAUUGAUUACGUUCAACCUAGGGAUGCAGGAAUUUACGAGUGCCAGGUCAACACCGAGCCUAAAAUGAACUUAGCCUUCACGUUGAGAGUCGAAGAAAGUGCCCCUGUCCCUGCCACCACUGCACCGAACUCCAUCCGACGGACAUUCAACUCAGCUGCUCAAGCAAAGAUUCUGGGACAGGAGGAUGUCUACGUGAAGAAGGGUAGUACGAUAAGCCUCACGUGCACCGUUAAUGUGCAAAGUACACCCCCAAGCAGCGUUGCGUGGCGUCACGGUGGAGCCGUUGUGGAUUUCGACAGUCCCAGGGGCGGGAUAUCCUUGGAGACCGAGAAAACUGAAAGCGGCACGACCAGCAGACUUCUCGUAACACAGGCCAGAUUGACCGACAGUGGAAAUUACACGUGCACUCCUAGCAACGCGAAUCCUGCUAGCGUUAUGGUACACGUUCUCAACGGGGAACAUCCAGCAGCCAUGCAACACGGUGGUAGUUGUGGCAUAUUCUGUUCCGUACCGAUCAUCCUUCUCACCGGUUCUACUCUUCUGAUCUCAAACCUGUUAAGGUGAGCGGUCCCUUCUUGUGUGAAACAUCGAAGCUAAACAAGAUUAUUAGAUAUUAGAAAAACAUGAAGAAUCGUCCUAAAUGAAAAUAAUACACACAAAAAAAACUACAAACAAUAUAUAAGGAAAAAUACUACGACAGUUAUAAAUCGAUAUCGAAUAAUGAUGAAGAAGAAAACCAAAAAAACAAAAUACAAAUAAUCAAAAUAACCAAUACGAACGAGUGAUUUUCGAUGAUAACGCAAAAAAAAAGGAUACUUACGUAAUUUUACAGAUAAAAAAAACAAAUGUAAUAUUUGUCUGACCUAGGACGAAGCCUAAAAACGAAAACGAAUUUUUCGCGAGGCUAAUUCUAAAAAAAAAAAAAUAAAAAACAACCUAAUUUCUCGACAAACGAGAUCUCGUAACUGCCUGUAUGUGUGUUAAAAAAAUAAAAAAAAAUAAAAAAAAGGAAAUAUAUCGAAGAUAUUUCCUUUUUAAACCAUUCAUCUAUUAAAAAAAAAAAAAAAAACCAAAACCCCUUUAUCAUCGAAUCAAUUCCAAUAAACUCGAAAGGAA